AUGCGUAUCACUAUCGUCCCCGCCUCCCCCAAGACCGGCCAGGCCGCCAUCCGAUCUCUCCUCGCCGAUCCAUCCGGCCCCACCGUCCGGGGCGUCUAUCGCGACUUGGCCAAAGUCCCUGCCGAAUUCAAGUCGAACCCCCGUUUCGAAGCGGUGCAGGGCAAUGUAGAUGAGCUGUCGACCCUCGAAUUCUCCGGCUCCGACGCUGUCCUCAACAUCACCCCGCCGCUGUACGACGACGAGACGGACGUCGUGGCGCAUGCCCGGAUGGUGUCGGAAAAUGUCAAGACAGCCAUCCAGAAGGCCGGCUCCGUCAAGCGGCUGGUCUACCUCUCGAGCGUGGGCGCUCAAUACGACCAUGGCAUUGGUGAGAUCCUGAGCAACCACGAAGCCGAGGUGGUCCUCAGAGAUGCCGCGCCCGAGGUGGUGUUUGUGCGCUGCAGCUAUUUCAUGGAGAACUGGGCCAUGUGUCUCGAGACAAUCCAGCAGGCCGGCUUCUUCUACACCACGCUCACGCCGCUGGACCACGCUUUGCCCAUGAUCGCAGUCCAAGACAUCGGCGCGACCUGCGCGGCCGAACUGCUCGCCACAGGCAGCACCAGCCCUCUCCCUUCCGGCUCGCCGUACAUCUUCGAACUGCAUGGUCCCCGCGCGUACACGUCGGCGGACGUGCAAAGGGCGUUUGAGGAAGCGGCCGGCAAGAAACUUGAGAUGCGGCCGGUCGAGAGGGAUGGCCUGGGAGAUUUCUAUGCCGCUGUCUUCCCGCCGGGCGUCGCCAAGCUGUUCGCGGAGAUGAAUGCCAGCUACCUGGAGGGCGGCAUCCUGUAUGAGGAUCCGGAGCCGACGGGUGAGAUUAGGUAUGGGAAGACGGAAUUUGCGGAGGUGGUUAGGCAGAUGCUUGCCGCUUGA